CCACCGACAUCGCGGCAAGCUGCGCCUGCGCAACGCCACAGAUGCGCUACAACUUAGAAACAGGGCCGACGCGCUGGCCACUGUCAAGUUUAUUUAUUCAUUAAUUUUUUUUUGUUUAUAAUAUAUUAAGAACUGUGCGUGCUGUGUAUUUUAUUAGACAUCGAUAGAUAAAUAAAAAUUAUGCCACGAUUUAAGACAAUAUUAGUCACGGGUGGUGCUGGCUACAUCGGCAGCCACUGCGUGGUGGACUUGUUGGAGGCUGGCCACGACGUGGUUGCCAUUGACAACUUCGCGAAUGCUGUGGGCGACGAGGAGGGAUCGCCAGCUUUACAACGAGCCGAACAGAUCACUGGCAAGAAAAUAACGUUUUAUAAAGCUGAUUUAUUGAAUAAAUCAGAGAUUAACGAUAUUUUUGAUAAGCAUCAAAUAGACUGCGUGAUCCACUUUGCUGCAUUGAAGGCCGUUGGUGAAUCUAUGCAACAACCAUUGUUGUACUAUCAAAAUAAUCUUCUUGGUAUGCUCAACUUAUUAGAGAUAAUGCGUUCCCACAACUGCUACCAAUUAGUAUUCUCGUCAUCAUGUACGGUGUACGGUGAACCAGAGAGCCUACCUAUUACUGAGACGCACCCUACCGGAAACAUCACUAAUGUAUACGGCAGGACUAAAUAUUUUAUUGAAGAAAUGUUGAAGGACCUUAGUGCAGCAGAAAAGAAAUGGAAUAUUAUAUCACUGCGCUACUUCAACCCUGUGGGCGCUCACCCUUCGGGGUUAAUCGGCGAGGACCCCACCAAAGAGUUCACGAACCUAAUGCCCUUUAUGGCACAGGUAGCUUUGGGGAAGAAACCGGUACUUACGGUCUUCGGAAACGAUUACAAUACCCCAGACGGUACUGGCAUAAGAGACUACAUCCACGUAAUGGAUUUAGCGAGCGGUCAUGUGGCAGCAUUGAAUUUAAUUAGCGAGAACCAUGUUGGACUCAAGGUAUACAACUUGGGUACCGGCAAAGGAGUAUCAGUGAAAGAGUUAGUGAAUGUGUUUGAAAGGGUCACUGGCACUAACAUACCGUUGAAGUAUGUUGAGAGGCGGCUGGGGGACAUUACCGCCAUGUGGGCUGAUGCGACGCUGGCUAAGGAACAACUGGGUUGGACAACAAAAUAUACCAUCGAGGAGAUGUGCAGCGAUUUCUGGAGAUGGCAGACAAUGAACCCUGACGGGUACCCCAAGAAGAAUAUAAAAGCCAGCGUAAUUAUUAAUGGCAAAAGUUAACGCUACCUUAAUGAUAUCUCACUGUGUAUUAUUAAAUUAGUAUACUAUUUAUAAUGUCAAGUAUUUUUAAGGAAAUGAAGAUAUUUUCUUUUCGC